UGAGUAUUUCGCUUCGCAGAGAAGAACGUUUUGACUGCAGUUAUGGCAAGAACAAAGCAGACCGCUCGUAAAUCCACCGGAGGCAAAGCGCCCAGGAAGCAGCUCGCUACUAAAGCUGCCCGUAAGAGCGCCCCAGCCACCGGCGGUGUGAAGAAGCCUCAUCGUUACAGGCCCGGUACCGUAGCGCUGAGAGAAAUCCGCCGCUAUCAGAAGUCUACUGAGCUGUUGAUCCGUAAGCUGCCAUUUCAGCGUCUAGUGAGAGAGAUCGCCCAGGACUUCAAGACUGAUCUGCGCUUCCAGAGUUCCGCCGUCAUGGCCCUGCAGGAGUCCAGCGAAGCUUAUUUGGUCGGCCUGUUUGAGGACACCAACCUGUGUGCCAUCCACGCCAAGAGGGUCACCAUUAUGCCUAAAGACAUCCAACUGGCUCGCCGCAUUCGGGGAGAGCGUGCUUAAACUCAGUGCUUUACCAUAAACCCUAAAGGCUCUUUUAAGAGCCACCACAAUUCCACUGAAUGAGAAAUUUCCGAUUUUUAUUUAAUCACAUACAUGUUAAUGUGUAUAUUCAACUACGUCAUUUAUUAGAUUUAUGAUUUCUUAUUUUUAACUUUUAAAGUAACGUGGGGUGGUGAACGGUUUUAAAUAGUAUUUUUUAUUAUUCGUGAGUGUGGCAAUGGGUUGCUUUUUCAACAAGCAAAUGUAAGUUAGUUUGCAGAUUUGAACGUCUUGAUCAGUAUAUAAUGACAGAAGCACAGCAGACCAUUUUAAACUAAGCACUUGAAAAAAUGACUGUAAUGUCUAUUUAAU